AUGAAAACGAGUGCCAAACUGAUCGGUAACUUGGUUCACCGAGUAUCAGUUCGAUUACCCUACAAAAGCGGCAGAAAGAUCGAGGUCGUCGAGCAAGAUCCCAUUGUCAAACAAACAGUUGCGGCCAUCAUUGAACUAUCCAAAUACAAACUAUCCAUUGUUGCCAACACAUUGGGCUAUGUAUUGGAAAGUGUGUCCAAGACCCAUCAAAUUUACGAGCAAAAUGUCCCAGUUGAAAUCAUGCAAUCCAAGCUGUUUGUUCUGCGACUCUUAUCUGCAUGUAUGCAGCAUCAUUGGCAGUACUGUCGCGAUCUGGAAAAGGAGAAGAACAAAGAUACACCAAUAAACGAAUUGAAUGUGAUACCACCGCCAUUAGACGCCGCGUUAGUCACCUUCAUGCUGGUACUGAUGAGUCGAUAUAUCACACAAUUUCAUUUGAUCGAGGAGUCCACCAACAUGGAGCAAAACAAUACGCCUAUACCAUUUAUUGAUUUCAGCGAAAGCGAAAACGGAUACACCUACGAGCAGAUCAAAUUGAGUUUACUCACUGACAUUUACAAGGCCUCCUCUCGCAUUUUAUACUACAUCAGCGCAAGCAAUUGGGACGCUUGUUAUGCCAAAAUAAAGAACGCUGUGCUCAGUUUGGAUUCAAUCAAUGGAACUGCAGACAAAAUUCCUCCUGAAAUUCGAAUGCUAGAGUGUAGCUGUUUGACAAGAGAAAGACUCCACACUAUAUUCUCAGAACUAAGCCCAUACUACCUGCAUAUGAGACAGGAAGGCAAAUUACUGUUUUCCAAGAUGAUGCGAAAAGCAAUAUGGAAGUGGAUCGAAGAAUACCCAUCCCAAUUUGCACAGGUAUGUGCUAGUGAUGCUCGUCUAUUAUCUGGAUCAGAAGUGCUUUUUGACAUGUGCAGUUCAACUGCUGACAACUCGAGAAAAAAGGCAGUGCUUUGGCCAUUGCAAACCAUCUUGCUUGUACUGUCACCUGAACUACUGAUGCAGGCGUUCCUGGACACAGCCCCCAUACACAACAGACGAGCCAAUUUCUUAAGCUUACUGAAGAAAUCACUACAGACAACAAGAAACGUGGACAUUGCUGCUGUAUGUUAUGUCGAUCUCAGCAAGGCAGCAACGUACGUGCCUCCCAACAACGAGUCUGUUCUUAGAGCCAUUGCAGCCGACAUUGAAGUGGAUCUCAAGGACAAGGUGUGGGAUUUCUCCAAACCGCCCAGCUCUGAAUCGACGUUGGCCAUGUUGGGUUACACCAUUGAUCAGCAAACACUGACCACUGACUUUCUAUUAUCUCGCAUACGCCUUCAUCCUGAGGAAACACUGCUGAACAUCAUCCCUUCAUGCAUACAAGACAAUGUGCCGAUACUAUUUAAAUUGGCCCUUGUGAAAACCUGUCUGAUCAUCACAGAGGACGACAACCAUCUUGCUUGGAACCCCACCAUUGCCUCCCUGUACAACGGACUAUGCACACCCUUACGAAAGCUCUUUUUGCAGACAAUUCACAUGGAUCUCAACAGCUCACCCAGCAGCAAAAAGAAGGAAACACACAGCAACCAUAACAACCGAGUCGAAUUGCUGUUGGACAUGCUUCGACUGUAUCGAUUGGAUACCAAACUGGCCAUCCUUGGUAACAAUGCAAAUCGUGUGGAAGAGAACAGUGCAUGUAUGGUUGGUUUGGCGACGCUCUUUCAGCACCCGGUACAGCGAAUCAGACAGGGCGCACUGGAACUGCUCGUCAAGCUCCAUCAAGCGGAUGUUGUCAAGGAGUGGGGCCCUCCCAAUCAGCUCGCUGUCAAUUUUUGGAGAAUUUCCUCGCCUGUGAUCCUCAACUUGGCACGACAAAUGCUGGAAACCAAGUCCAAUGACGACAACCUCAGGGCGUUGUUGCAAUUGCUGAUCAAACUGCUGAAAUCUAGAAACGUCUUUUUGAAAAGCAACCAACACUUGUUGGCUCCUGAAUAUGCCAAUAUGCGUGAGAGACUGCAGGCAUCUGUUGCGCUUGAAAUCGCCUUGUUAGUGUCCUUGUGCUCUGGCACCAAGGAAGUCUGUGAUGAUGCAUCUCAAUGCAUUGGACUACUAUGCAAAGAAGCAAGGAUGGUGGAUUUGGAUGAAGGUGGGGAGGUGAAAUCAGUGACUAUUGCUUGCAAUCUCAAGGUCUACGAGGAACUCGCUGCGGAUGACCAUAAGUUCAUUGGACGCAAAGCACAGCAAAAGCGAAUCAGAAAGUACCUGCGCAUGCUCCCUCAGCACACUCCUGGCAAUAUGGCUGCAUGGGAAGAAGCUUGGAAACGCUGGAAACAAUUGACACUGCUGAUGAGCAGACUGUCGGAUGACGCGGCAGAUGACAUGUCGAUGGACAGCACCAACAGCUCACUCGCCAACGGAUCCAUGAACUCGGCAUCGACACUAGUGGCAUCUUCCAACAAUAGCAACGGUGCAUCCAAUGCUGCUAAUAACAGCAAUAGCAACUUGAAGAAGCUGCCAUUGCCCCGUGGAGCAGCCAAUAAUAAUAACAACAGUAACAACUUGGAAAAGGCACGAGCCAACACAUCGUCAGCACCGAUGGCUGGUACAGCAACCAAACUGCAGCAACAGUUAGACAUGUAUGAAGACAAGGCUAUUGAAUGGCAGAACUUCACUGGGUUUUUAGCAGCACUGGGUGGUUGUUGUUUAGACGACAUUGAUCCUGGUAUGUGGGCCAUGGAGCAACAGCAGCCAUCUCGACGCGUCUCUUCACCAAAUCAGCCCAUCAUCAUGGUAGAUCGUUUCAUCAGCGAAAUGACAGACAUGCUUGUCUCCGAAAACGUCUAUAUAUCCGAGGGCAUCAAGGACACUUUGGGCAACGAUCUCUCGCCCGCCUUGUAUAUGAUUCUCUUCCGACACUUGGAGGCCUACAUGGUGAAGUGCUUUGACGCUAAUGGAGAUGCUAUUCGCAGCCCUCAGAACAAACUGUUUGUAGAGCAAUCGGUGCUUGUGCUUCGACUCAUUCUAGACCGACUUGUCAAUCCUGGUGAUUGCUUGUUGAACAUUGAUUUCAGCACCCUGAUACACCAAUUUGCAGACUAUCUCAAUAGACUGCCCAACACCUACAUCACACUUCGCAUCAAGAUCAAAAUGUGUCUGCUAAUUGAGGCCGUCAUGCAGAAGAAGGAGCACAUUGUCAUUAGGGAUGAAAUGAGGUUGAGAAAUAAGCUUUUGGAGAUAUGCGUGGAAUGGACAAGCGAUUUUGCUCUGUUGCGUAAACCAGUGGAGACAGGACAGCACAUGGACCGACUGCAAAAAGAUCUGGAUCAAGCUUGUUUAAAAGCGGUGGUCAGUCUGUUGCAGCAACUGCCGCUGCAGCCCUCUGAAGCAGUGAGACCUGCAGAUAUAUCUCAGAUCAAGAGCAAGUUGUUUCUGAAAUACUUUGGCUUCUUUCGCAAACUCCUGGAUCGAUACAAGCAGAGCGAAAGCGAUGCCCAUGUCGUGGGUAAGCUGGGCAUCAGUACUUCCAUUACCAGUUCGCUCAACAGCCAUCUCAUCAAUCACAGCCGAGAGUCUGCUGCCAUCAAAGGGCUGAACGGCAAUGGCGACUUGUACCAGGACAUUGGGCAAAUGAAAGAACUGACAAUUUUAGCCAUGUCGCAUCUUUUGAGCGCCAAUGUAGAUGCAGGACUCAAGUACUCGCUGUCCAUGGGUUACGACGACGAUCAAGAAACACGAAUGGCGUUUAUGCAGGUGCUUACCAACAUUCUGAAUCAAGGCACAGAGUUUGAAACGUUGGCGGAGAGUGUCAUGACAGAUCGCUACGAGAAACUGAUUGAUAUGCUGGUGGAUGCUGAUAUGGAAAUUGUCAUGUCCUUGUGCGAAGUAUGUCCAUCGCAAGAAACCACUGGCGUUGCAGAGAUUUUAUUAAUCUGCUUUGAAUCGCGCGCCAAAGUGGUACCAUUGCUUAAAGCUGUUGUACAAAAGGAGAUCGCACUGACUGAGCAAGAAGCGACUCUCUUUAGAGGCACAACUAUGGCAACGCGAAUCCUCUCUAUUUUUGCCAAGUUAUCCUGUCUGGACUACAUUCGCAUCACAUUGCAGCCUGCCAUGGAGCAAAUCAAUGCUCUCCCCGAAGACCAACUCACUUGGGAACUAGAUCCACAGAAGGUGGGCUCUGCAGAUGAAGUGAUGCGAAAUAAACGAAAUGUGAUACAAGCAACAGAGAUCUUUUUAAAAGCCAUUUGCUCCUCGGUAGAAAGUGCGCCACGUGUGUUCCGAGAAGAACUAUCUCUGAUCAGUGAAGCUGUUAGUGCUCGCUUUCCAGAGGCUAAAUCAACUGCCGUGGGCGGCUUUGUGUUUCUUCGCUUGUUUGGUCCCGCUAUAUUAUCACCUGAAAGUGCUGGAUUUGCCAAGCAUGCAUUACCCAAAAGCCCCAAUGCGCGCAAAAUAUUAUUGCAAGCGACUCGGGUGAUGCAAAAUCUCGCCAACAAUGUCUUGUUUGGAUCCAAGGAGACACACAUGAUUGUACUGAACGAUUUCUUGACAAGCAACAUUUACAAGGUCACUCAUUUCUUGAGGUCUAUCUCCACAUUGCCACCGGAAAGCACACACAAUAUCCAAGGCACCGUCCGCAUGGAUCAAUCGGGAUAUGUUCGACUCCACAAAUACCUGUCUGAUAAUUUGGAGCGCAUGUCUAGGGACUUGACUGGCCGAAGAGUGCUCAACAAAACACAUGGAUUGGAUACACAAUCUCUCUUGGGCUGGAAAAAGACAUUGGAUAGACUGUCCAACCUGCUGGCACAGCUGGGCAGACCCUCUGACAUUCCCAAUUCUGAAUUGACCUAUGCUCGCAACUAUGCUAUUGCCAACAGCAACCACUAUUACAGCGAGUUUAUGCGCAGAAAUGGAUACCGUGAUCUCUCGGUCAUUAGUUCGCAGAAUAUCUUUUAUUUGGGUGGUACAUCUAAAGGUGGGCGUCCUGUCUUUUAUAUCGUUUGUCGUGCUAUUGAUGCGGAUGAAAUGGAUUUCGAGUUGCUGGUAUACUACAUGUUGCGCGUGAUGGAACCUUAUUUGAACAAUCCCUUCGAGCUACUGUUUGACACAACAGAGUUUAGUUCGAUCAGAGCCAUCCCGAUUCAUUGGUUGACUCAGUUCUUCCAGCUGGUAUUCAGUGAAAUGAACGAUUACUUGGUGUCACUCCAUCUGUACAAUCCCAAUACUUAUUUGCAACGUUAUAUCCGAAAAUUGCCAAGAGCCAUUGUCAACAAGCUUGUCAAACGAACCCAUUUUUCGUCCAACCUAGUGGAAUUGAACGAGCACAUUGCUACUUCCAUGAUGAAACUGCCCAAGGAAACCCUUGACCUGGAAAAAGAAGCCAGUGUGACCAUACUUCCAGUAACCAGAAUCACACAUUUGAGAUCCUCUAUUCCAGUAACAGUGAGAAUUGGCCCAGAGCACAUGCAGGUCAUCACUAUGAAGAAGCAAGAAAUCUUGUACAACUUGAACGCUGUUUUAAGAGAUGUCUAUCAUAUAUCUAAUUUGGAAGACAUGGUUGCAUUGCCAUCUUCGAAGCCUGAACACGGCGGAGAAAUCUCCAUCAAAUACGACCGAGGAAAGUCGACCAUGGUGCUCUCAUCUACCAAACGCGAUGUCUUGCUGGCCCACCUUCGUCACAACAAACAGCGUUAUGAAACAUGCAAACCCACUUCCAUCAAUGAACGUGCCAUUCGUCCCAACGAUGUGCCUGGAAGACUGUUGAACAUGGCGUUAUUGAAUGUCGGCAGCGAAGAUCCUGGCCUUCGAUUGGCCGCCUACAACUUGCUUUACUCACUAAGCUUAUCAUUCAGAUUUGAUAUUGGCAAUCAAUUGCUGAACGCAAAAGAUCUGUGUAUCCCAUCCAACAGCUCCGAUUUCAUCGUGAGCAUCAGCGAAAGUCUAGCAAAAAGCGAAUUGCACUUGACAUUAGAGUUUUUGAAUGAGGCCUUUGUAGGAUUUGCAAAGUCGAGUGAGUCCAUGCAACAAUUGACGCUGGAUUACAUUGUGCCUUGGCUGAGAAAUUUGGCUGUGUUUACUCGACAUUCGCCUGACGAUCACAAAAAGAACAUGUCCAAGACAAAAGAUGUGAUUCGACUGUUGAUUGAUGUCACUGUCAAGAGAGUGCAGCUGUAUAAACACAUUCAAGCACGCGUCUGGAAGACGAUUGCAGAGGUCGAUGAUAUCGUCAAUUUAGUCAUUGAUUGUUUUGUCCAAUACUCGGUGGAAAAUGGCAUUGGAUCCACGCAGGCCGAGAUCAUUGCAGACACGUUGGUUACCAUGUCCAGCGUAUCCAUCCGUGGCAAGGUCAUCAGUCGCAUGAGAAGAGUCAUUGAGAGCACGUCCAUUCAACCCUGUCGCCAAUUGAUUGAGCAUCCCUCGUGGAACGAAAUUGCCGUCCUGCUGCGAUUUAUUCUGAUGCUAUCCUUUAACAACACUGGGCCCGUCAUGCCUUAUAUACCCGAGAUAUUCCACAUUGCUUCUAUCCUGGUCGUCACUGGGCCCACUCUGAUGCGAUCUUCCGUGCACGAACUAGUGGUCAACACCAUUCAUACCCUGUGCACCAUGGGCAUACCUUUGGUCGAUGAAAACAUCAAGAAGUUGCACUUUGUGUUGAACGAUCUCUGCGAUAGCAAGAACCGAGUCUCGUUUGGUCUUACGAAACAGCAUGCCAACGCAUUUACUAUAACCCAGGAAACAACCACUGAUUUUGCAGACACCAUCGAUCUCAGCUCGUUGCAGAAUAUUGUGCGAUUAUUGCUGGAUGCGUUGAAUUACGGUGCUCCGACUGUAGAUAUUGCCAACAUGUGGCGUGCCCGAUGGAUGGGUCUAGUGACAAGUACGGCCUUUUACUUUAACCCUGCUAUUCAGCCGAGGUCGUUCGUGACACUGGGUUGUUUGGCUCAAGAUGAAGUGGACGAUGAUCUCAUUUACCAGAUCUUAGUAGCACUCAAAGGUGCUUUGGCCAUCUUUAACGAGACGGACUCGAGUCUAAUUACAAGUAUCAUGAUGUGUCUCAGCAACAUCAUUGAUAACUUGCCCACUGAUUCUCGCUAUUUAUUGCAAUUGUUCUGGUUAGCUAUUGCCCUGGUGCAAGUAGGUCAUCCUGCUACCUUCCAAACCGCUGUUCAAUUCCUACAAUCGGUGCUCCGUGCUCUGGAUUCUCGAAAGCUGUUUGCAGAAAAAUCCAUUGAAGAAGUGCUGCUAGAUGCUCGUGCUGAAUUGAGCCCUAUCGCGGAUGAAUUGGACGAUGCUUGUGGUGUUUGUUUCAACAAUUACUUUUCUUUUGCCGUGGCUGCCAUCUUACUCAAGGGACUAAAGCAAUGUGAAAACAAGGAUGUUAUAUUCCAAUGCUUGACAGCUUUCCUUGAAAUUGAUUCAAAACGGCCUAUGGAUCAGGGCUACAUUGAAGCAAGUACAUUGGGUUAUCUUGCUGGAUUGCUGCCGUUUGCUGCAAAGGAUGAUACUUUGCGAGAGCUGUUGCGCUUGGCAGGCAUCAAUGAUGUGGAAUUGGAUGCCAUUGAUUUCGGAUCAUCGCAUUCUGGCUUAUUUGAUAUUUUAGAGAUACCGGAUAACAGUACAGCCUUGUUGCUGAUUUCGCUUCUAGUGACUUUACUGAAUGCAUCUGAAAACGAGUCUGAGCGAUUGUUCUUGUAUACGCUGUUGGCAGAUGCAGCUACCUCGGUACCAGAAGUAUUUGCCUUGGUGUACGAAUCUUUGUUGCCCAAAAUGAAUCAAAUGGUAGUGAACAGCCAGAAUCAAGAUGUGAUUGAAGCCGUGAAAAGCAUUCUGUUGACAGCAUGCUCUGAACCAGCAUUCAGUUCAGUCAAUCAAGCAGCAUCCACCAACAAAAGAACACAGAAAUGGGGAUUGGAGAGCCUCAAAUUUUCAUCUUUGGGUGAACCUACCUUUGGUGCCAUCAAGACCAACGUUGGCAUCAACGCCAAACUAGCCAGUCGAUUACUUGGCUACAUUACAGAUCAGCGAUAG